UUGCUCGCUAAGUAAUCUGGGUUGUAACAAUGGCUCUAGCAAACCUCGCCAGCCGCAGCACUGUCCCCCGCAAUGGGUUUGCAUGCCCGGUGCCUCGCUUGCACAGGACUGCAACACACGCAUGCAGGGCUCUUAAUCAGAAGCAAGGCUAUGGAGAAGAGGUCAGCACUCGCAACCCGCUGGAGCGGGCUGCUGUUAGUAUCGCAACGGCUGCAGCUUUGGUAAUGGGCACAUUUAGCCCGCUCGUGCUGGAGCCGCCAGCUGCUCACGCUAUUCUGGUUGCUAGCGACCCGAUCAAGAACGCCCAGGCCAUCCUCCGCUACGCGUUGCCAAUCGAGAACAAACCCAUUCGUCAAAUCCAGAAAGAACUCGAGGGAAUCAGCGAGGCCCUGAAGGUUCCGGGCUCGAAGUCCCUUGGGCCGGUCUCUCGGGCUGUUAGGGCGGCCCAGGAUGUUCUGUCUCGCCAGCGGGAUGCCAUCGUGAAGGACUUCGCCCCUGACAAGAAGGCUGCCGGUCUGGCCAGCAUUGAGCGGCUGCAGGCGGGGCUCAACGAGUUCCAGGCCAUUGUGGAGGCCAAGGACAAGCAGGCGGUGCCGGACAAGCAGCGGCAGGUGCUGAGCUACGUGGGCGACAUCGAGGAGGCGAUGGUGAAGGGCUUCCCCUUCCAGGUGCCGCCCGAGUACGCGGACCGCCCGCUGCUGCUGGGUCGCGCCACGCUGCAGAUGAAGGUCGACUGCGCCGAGACGCCCGAGGGCCCCCGGCAGGUGCUGCAGACCAUCGUGCUGGACGGCUACAACGCGCCCGUGUCGGCGGGGCAGUUCGCGGACCUGGUGGCGCGCGGGUUCUACGACGGCAUGGAGGUGCAGAGGGCGGACGGAUUCGUGGUGCAGACGGGCGACCCCGAGGGGCCGGCGGAGGGGUUCGUGGACCCCGCGACUGGGGAGAUCCGCAGAGUCCCCUUCGAGGUGCGGGUGGUGGGUGAGAAGGAGCCCAUCUACGACUUCACGCUGGAGGACCUGGGCCGCGUCAACGAGCAGCCCGUGCUGCCGUUCAACGCGUACGGCACGCUUGCCUGGGCUCGCAACGAGUUUGAGAACAACUCCGCCUCCAGCCAGGUGUUCUUCCUGCUCAAGGAGAGCGAGCUGACGCCCACGGGGUCCAACCUGCUGGACGGGCGCUUCGCGGUGUUUGGGUACAUCACGGAGGGGCAGGACGCACUGGCGGAUUUCAAGGUUGGCGACAAGAUUGAGUACAUCAAGAUUGUGGACGGCGCGCAGAACCUGAAGAACGGGCCGAAGGCGUGAUCAGAAACGCUUGCACAUAAGUGAUGGCUGGAGGGAUUUUGUUGGUAGUGGAUCCUUCUCCACUUUUUCUUCCCGAGCCCGGCUCUGAUUUUGAUAGCUGGUUUUUGCCGUGGGGCGGAUGGAGCCAAUGAUGCAAGGUUGUCAACUUGCACGGAAGGAUUGCACGGAUACAGCUAAUAGGGAAAUAACAUGCCUUUUGUGGAAUAAUACUACAUAGCCGUUACUGUAUUGCUGUAUUAUCAGAACAUUUAAGGGCGGAGUCAACGACAACGCCGCAAGCCUCUUACCUUGCUAAGACUGUAAAUAAGUUUGGCACAAGUUUCAGGGCCAUUUUACAUACAUUUAACCUACGACACAGCUAGUUGCUUGAAGCGUGCGACCCACAACCAGAGAAAUGGCGUCUCCCGAUGGGCAACAGGUCUCGCCCGAGCUCCAGCAGUUCAUUGCCCGGGAGUCUCAAGUGGCUCAGAUUCAAAGCAUGAUUGCUACGCUCACCGAGGUUUGCUGGGACACCUGCGUCCAAGCUCCUGGGAGCUAUCUGUCGAGCAAGGAGCAGUCGUGCUUGGAGAACUGCGCGAAGCGCUUCGUUGAGACGACACAAUACAUUCUGCAGCGGGCGGCACAUAAGGCCGAUUCUGGCUCGGGCUUCUAAAUAGUGCACGGUGUUACGGACCUGGUGUUAUGUCGUUGGGGAUAAAGGUGGCGAAGGUUGUAUUAGAAAGCCCAUCCGAUGGGCAUCAAGCAGGGAGGUUGCUGAGGUGACAGUUAUGAGCGCGUUGAACACAUAUCCAAGACAUUGGAACAUGUCGUCAAUCCUAGCCUAGUUUCAUAAGUGUGGUGAGAGGUGUUCCCGCAGAAAAGGGGUUGGGAGCUGUAACUUGUAAGUUACGGUAGGCUGUGAGCCCUGCUGGUGUGCA